AUGGCUCCAGGGUGCCCGGACGACACGUGGCGCGAUUACAGCGUUCCAUUUGGAGACAAUUCCACGUGCUCACAAGGAUGGGCGGACCUCCUCAGCAUGCCUUGUCAGCCAAAGACCGCUCCACGUCAGCAGCUCGACCCGCCUCGUCAUUUCCCUGUGUCGACACGUCAAUCAAACAGUCUCAUUCUCCCUCGGCCUCCGUCUUUCACGCAGCCGAAGCAGUGGCCAGUUUUUCCCGCGCUUUUGCCAUCCCGGGUCGAUAAUUCCUCCGACUUCUUAUGCUCGCUCGCCGCAAACGAUGCUGUAGCAGCCACUCGUCGCCAGCUAUCUAAGACCCCGCCGCCGCUGCCGCUGCCGCUGCCGCUGCUGUCAACGCUUCCACCCAGUUCUUCCGGAGCGUCUUACAAUCCGCAGCUGAAUCCGUGGAAUACGCCGCGCAAUCCACCGCGCAAUCCGCUCAGUUCGCUCCCGCACGCCCCCGUUUCUCCCCGCGGCCCCCGCCUCGACAGCAGCGGUGGCAGUAGUAGCAGCAACGGCAGCGGCGGAGAAUGCGGCGGAAGCGACUGCGGAGAUGGGAGCGGAUUGCGCGGCAGGGAGGAGGAGGAAGCGGAAGAGGAGGAGGAUACAAGCGCGCAUCGGCGCGCAGCGCUAGACUUCGUGCUGGAGCUCGCCGGGCCGCAGAUGGCGUCGCCGUCUGACGACCGUCGAUUCCGAUGGUGCCCGGAUUCGCUGAUCCCAGCCGACGAACUGCCCGUCGCCGCCUUCGCCGUGGAUAGGGACCUGACAUUUGUGAUGUGGAACCGACGAAUGGCGAAGCUGACAGGCUGGAGCCGGGAUGAUGUGGCGCAGAUGGGGAGGUUUUCGGGAAGGCUCCUGCGUCCCGCGAAAGGGUCUGCACACGAGCACGCCAGCGACAUGCUGCGAGCCGCCAUGCUGCGACCAGAGCCCAUCAGCCAGACCAUGCUGCUCGCCGCGCGCACCCCACGUGAAGCAGAGUGCAACAGAGGGGAGAUUCUCCCCUCGCGGGAGGUGCUGGAGAGCAGCGGCGUGGGCGCAACACGCAGAUUCCUCCCCUCCAAUGCCUCCCAUACCAUCUCAACUCAUGCCGUCUCGGCUCACACUGUCUCGUCACAUCCCAUCUCGGCUCACACUGUCUCAUGCAACCCGUGCGCUUUAUUGUCUAGCCCCGCACGGGCCGCCGUGCUAGAGAAGGCGAAAGCACCGAUAUCAUCCUCGCCCAUUCCUCUUGCACCCGAGUCCUCCUCGCCCCCCCACUCACAUGAGCACGCCUUCCCUGCACCUGGUGCUGUCAACCCCACGAGCAUCAGAUAUACUCCUGCGCAUCCCGUUUCCAUUCCACCAGUACCUUGUGAGAUGAAACCCCUGGCUCUGGAGAUGAAACGCUCGCCCAGGCUGCACUUUGACGAGAGUGACCAUGAGAUGAAACGCCAGUUUCGAGAGCUGGAAGCAGAACGGUUUCAUCUGCUGCGUAAUUCGCUUUCCUCCAAUUCCCAGUCACCGUCCUCUAGCAUUCUCUGUGUUCCGGACGUAACGGAAAAGCAGCCUAAGAUUGGAGUGAGCACGACGAGUGCUGCUCCUGCCGCUCCUGGCUCUCCUGCUGCUGCUGCUGCUGCUGCUGCUGCUGCUGCUGCUGCUGCUGCUAUUGCUACGGCUGCUGCCCCUGCUCCUGCCGCUCCUGCUGGUGCUGCUCCUGCUGUUGCCCCUGCUGCUUCUGCUGCUGGUGCUGCUCCUUCUGCUGCUGUUCUUGCUCCUGCUGCUGACCCUGCUGUUGCGAUUCCUGCGGCUGCCCCUGCUACUGCUGCUCCUGCGGCUGCCCCUGCUGCAGCAGCACCAGCGGCCAUCCAGCAUGCAGCAGCGAGUCAGCCCGGAUCAGUGAGGAAUGGUGAAGCGGGGCGGCAGCCCGCGGGUCUGCCUGCCAUUCGGGUGCAGCGGUGGCGAGCAGCUGAUGUGCUGCGCCCUGCUGGUCACGAGGGCGAGAGAUGCAGCAGCAAGGGGGGCGAGAGGUCGUUUGAAGGGGAGGGGAGUGCGCAACGAGAGGAAGGGAGGAGGGAGGGGAAGGGAGCAGGUUAUCCCCACCUUGAAAGAACCAACCAGUUGCUGACGCCUGUGCAGCUGCUGUCGCCCCUGGCCCACUCCCCGUACCCUCCCGUCUCUCCCGGGUGGGAAGCGGACGCCCUUCUACUGCAGCCAUCUGCUGCCCUGCCACUCUCGGCCAAUGCGGACCGGCCUUCAGCAGCUGGGGGUCACGAUGAACCCGCCAUCCCCUGCGCAGCGAAUAUCUACUCCUCCUAUACCCCGUCUUCCCAAACCACCUCGUUGCCUCCGUCCACGUCGCUGUGUGUGCGCGCGCUGGUGGCUGAUGGGGCGACAGGUGGCGGCGCGGGAUUGGGGCUGGUGGGCGCUCUGCACAACGACCUGCCGCAGCAGCUGGAGCGGUGCGGCUUCGAUGUUGUCACGGCGGGUACAGUCACCGAGGCUGUGGAAUUGUUCCAACAGUCGGUGUGCGAUCUCCCACUCAAUGGGAUUGCGCAACAGGGAAACGGGUUUGAAGAGAGAAAUGGGAGUGCGGGAAGCAAGCACGAGGAGGACGCGGGCAAGCAGUGGCCAGUGGAAGCUUCCAGAGACGAGUCAUCACUGAGUGACCAGUGGCGAGCAUCAGGAGAAGGAGAAGAGGGAGUGGCAUCAAGUGACAAGGGUAUGGCAGCGGAUGAGGAUGUGCGAGAGGCUGGAGUAAAGGCAGAGGCACCCUUCUCUCUCGUGGUCAUGGAGCUAGAGGCCAUGGUGCAUGAUGGCUUCGCAUGCAUCCGCAGCAUUCGCGAUGUGGAGGGGGGAAGGCAGGGAGGGAAGUUCAGGAAUGGGGAAGAAUGUGCUGUGGCUGAUGCCGGUGGUAACCAGUUCCCAGGGCCUGCUGCUGCUGAGCCCAAUGCUGGAGGUUGUUUCAGUAACGCUGAGGCAGACACAGAACGAUCAUCAUCACCAGCAGCAGCGAUCGAAGCAACAUCAUUUCGAGGAGUAGCUGGAGUGGUUGCUUCUGAUUCACUACAAGACGGCCCAGGAAGUGUACGUGCCUUUUCACGCACGAUUGUGAUAGCGGUGGCAAAUAUGAACCGGUGGGAUUUGGCAGGGCUGGACCAAGCGAUGCAGCAGUCCAUGCAUGCGGGCGUUGAUGCGGUGGUUCCUCGCACAAUGAACCUCCAGCAGUUGAAGUCGGUGCUCAGAAAGCUGGGCGUGAGGGGCAAAUAUGUGCUGGUGCCGAAUUCUCUGCCUCGUGCCAUGUCUGGCGCUGUGCAUAAUCCCCUUAAUUUGUCUAGGUAG